AUGCUCAAAACACUGACCUCACCAAUGACUUUUGGGCUCAAUAGUUACCAUGCUUGGCGGUUGCUGCUGCUCUGUGGCUUCUUUUUGGGGGCUCUGGGUCAGCUGGAGCCCAAUAAUAAUCUCAAGAUAAAUGUGCAUGGGUUAGAAUUGACACAGGCACAGAAUAUACAGCGACAGGAGAUGCUGCAGAAGAUGUGUGACUCUCUAGAUGUGGCCAAUAGUGUCACACCCGAUGAUCUCACGGAUGAACAGAUGGAUCAUCUGUUGGUGGACAAGAAACACAGAUUUCUCUAUUGCUAUGUGCCAAAGGUGGCCUGUACAAAUUGGAAGAGGGUCCUGAUGAUACUCACGAAUGCCUGGAAUGGUACUGAACCACUGCAAAUUCCUGCCAAAUUGGCUCAUUCCCCGGGGAUAUUUGUCAAACUUAAUGCUCUGUCUGCGGAGGAAAAAGCCCAAAUCCUAUCAGACUAUACACGUUUCAUUGUCACUCGGCAUCCCUUUGAGCGUCUCCUGUCAGCAUACAGGAAUAAACUCGAAGGUAAUAUGCCCAGUGCACAAUAUUUUCAAGCUCGUGUCGGUCGACAGAUUAUUAGGCAUUUUCGCCCAAAUGCCAGCAAUGUUUCUCUGGCCACCGGGAAUGACGUCACAUUCAGUGAAUUUGCACAGUACCUACUCACACCAGAACUCAGUAAAUCAGCAAAUCAUUCCUUCAAUGAACACUGGGAACCCAUCACGAACCUCUGCAAUCCCUGCCUGAUCAAGUACAAUGUCAUUGGGAAGUAUGAAACACUCAUUGAGGAUUCUGCUCUAGCACUCCAUCUCAUUAAUGCAUCAGUGACCUUUCCGGCUGGACAACGGACAUCCGGGACGAGUGAGAGGAUGCGAACUUACUUUGAUACACUGCCCAUUGGUACCCUAAGAGGACUCUACCAACUCUACGAGAAUGACUUUAAACUCUUCGGUUACAGCCUUGAUGAUGUUCUUGGCUUUGAAUUGGGCUGAUAUGGGCUCUUUUGGCCCAUCCAAAAAAAAAGUACUAAUAAUUAUUACUUAAUACAGGAUCAAACAACACCGUAUAUGACAAAAAUUUUAGGACAGAUUCAAUGAUUGUGAUAUGGAAUGAUUGUUGAAAAAUAAAUACUUUUGUAUAGUAGUGUUUAAUACAUUGACGAUAAAGCA